AUGGCGUGUGGAAGCAGGAGGGUCACCAUUCAGCUGGUGAAUGAGGAGGCAGGGCCUGGAACCAGGGUCCCGAAGCUUUUUCGGGGCCAGAACUACAAUGCAAUCCGAGCAGCCUGCCUGGAUGAGGGAAUCCUGUUCCAAGAUCCCUACUUCCCUGCUGGCCCUGAUUCUCUUGGCUAUAACCAGCUGGGACCGAACUCGAAGAAGGCCAAAGGGGUGGAAUGGAAGAGGCCGCAUGAGUUUUGUGCUGAGCCCCAGUUCAUCUGUGAGGACAUGAGCCGGACAGACGUGUGUCAGGGGAGCCUGGGUAACUGCUGGUUUCUUGCCGCCGCUGCCUCCCUCACUCUGUACCCCCGACUCCUGUGGCGGGUGGUCCCCCCAGGACAGGGUUUCCAAGAUGGCUAUGCAGGUAUCUUCCAUUUCCAGCUCUGGCAGUUUGGCCACUGGGUGGACGUCGUGGUGGAUGACAGGCUGCCCGUGCGUGAGGGGAAGCUGGUGUUCGUGCGCUCAGCUCAGCGGAACGAGUUCUGGGCCCCACUCCUGGAGAAGGCCUACGCCAAGCUCCACGGAUCCUAUGAGGUGAUGCGAGGCGGCCACAUGAAUGAGGCUUUUGUGGACUUCACAGGCGGCGUGGGUGAGGUGCUCUACCUGAGGCAAGGCACCCCAGGCCUCUUCUCCGCCCUGCGCCAUGCCUUGGCCAAGGAGUCCCUUGUGGGCGCCACUGCACUGAGUGAUCGGGGCGAGUACCGUACUGAAGAUGGGCUGGUGAAGGGACACGCAUAUUCAGUCACCGGCACACACAAGGUGUCACUGGGCUUCACCAAGGUGCGGCUUCUGCGGCUGCGGAACCCGUGGGGCAGUGUGGAGUGGACCGGGGCCUGGAGCGACAGCUGCCCACGCUGGGAUGCACUCCCCACGGAGUGGCGAGAUGCCUUGCUGGUGAAAAAGGAGGAGGGCGAGUUCUGGAUGGAACUGCAGGACUUCCUUCAACACUUCGACACCGUCCAGGUCUGCUCGCUGAGCCCUGAGGUGCUGGGCCCCAGCCCGGCUGGAGGCGGCUGGCAUGUUCACACCUUCCAAGGCCGCUGGGUGCGCGGCUUCAACUCUGGCGGGAGCCAGCCUGGUGCCGAAACCUUCUGGACCAACCCCCAGUUCCGGCUGACGCUGCUGGAGCCUGAUGAGGAGGAGGAGGAGGAUGAUGAGGGGCCCUGUGGGGGCUGGGGGGCAGUGGGGGCACGAGGCCCUGCACGGGGUUGCCGCAUCCCCAAGUGCACUGUGCUCCUGUCACUCAUCCAGCGCAACCGGCGGCGACUGAGGGCCCAGGGCCUCACUUACCUCACAGUGGGAUUCCACGUGUUCCAGAUCCCAGAGGAGCUGCUGGACCUGUGGGACUCCCCGCGCAGUCGCGCACUCUUGCCGAGCCUGCUGCGCGCAGACCGCUCGCGCUUCUGCGCCCGCCGCGACGUGAGCUGCCGCUGCCGCCUGCGCCCCGGCCACUACCUGGUGGUGCCCAGCGCGGCCCACACCGGCGACGAGGCCGACUUCACGCUGCGCAUCUUCUCUGAGCGGCUCCACACCGCCCUGGAGAUUGAUGACGUGAUCAGCGCUGACUUGCAUGCCCUCAUGGUCCCCUACAUUCCCCUGGAGCUGGGAUUGGAGCAGCUGUUCCUGGAGCUGGCAGGAGAGGAGGAAGAACUCAGUGCCCCUCAGCUCCAGACCUUAUUAAGCAUUGUCCUGGAGCCUGCCAGGACCCAUGCUCGGAACCCCAGAGAAAUCGGGCUCAGGACCUGUGAGCAGCUGCUGCAGUGUUUUGGGCAUGGGCGAAGCCUGGCCCUGCACCAGUUCCAGCAGCUCUGGGGCCACCUCCUGGAGUGGCAGGCCGCAUUUGACAAGUUUGAUGAGGAUGCCUCUGGAACCAUGAACUCCUAUGAGCUGAGGCUGGCGCUGAAUGCGGCAGGCUUCCACCUGAACAACCAGCUGACCCAGGUCCUCACUAGCCGCUACCGGGACAGCCGUCUGCGUGUGGACUUCGAGCAUUUUGUGUCCUGUUUGGCCCAGCUCAUCUGCAUCUUCCGCCACUGCAGCCAGCACCUGGAUGGGGGCGAGGGGGUUGUCUGCCUGACCCACAGACAGUGGAUGGAGGUGGCCACCUUCUCCUAG